GUCCUUUGACAUCAACACGCGCAUCCACGAUGUCGUCCACUCCACAACCAACCCCAACCUCGAGCUCAAAUCAUCCGCUGACAUCGACGGAGUACACAUUGCCAAAUCCGCCGCAACAUCCCAUCUCGAGCAUCGUCUUCCACCCUGAUCCGAGCUCCUCUUCGCAGCUCUCUCGCCAAUUCCUCACCUCCUCCUGGGACUCGACCGUUCGUCUUUACCAGCUGGCCGAUGUCGACGCAAACAAUGCCUCCAGCUCAGCGCUCAGUGGAGAAGCCAAGGCGCAAGCCGCGCGUCAGGUGCACAGCUUUCAGCAUGGAGCACCCGUCCUCGACGUAUGCUGGAUUACUCCUACCCUCGCCGCUUCUGGCGGCAUCGAUAGACGAGUACGGCUGCUCAACUUGGAGGACGGGUCAUCGACCAUCCUCGGGAAACAUGGGAGUGCCAUCUGUCGGAUGCGAUAUGAAACCAGCACUAACUUGCUAAUUAGCGCAUCGUGGGACAAGACUCUCAAGCUUUGGGACCCAACGGCAGUUGAGCCGCGUCUACUCAAGACGCUCACGUUGCCAGAAAAGCCCUUGGCAAUGGACGUCAGCCCUCCAUGGACGGCAAGUCCUCUAGUGCCCAAAGAGGGAGUGAGGAGGAGAUUGGUCGUCGCAAUGGCUGCUAGGCAAGUGAGAAUUUAUGAUCUCGAAGAGUUGAGGAGAAGAUGUGACGCGAUGAGUGGAGAGGAUGACGGGGAGCAAUGGGAUCCGGAGCAGACGAGGGAGAGUAGCUUGAAGUACAUGGUCAGAGAUGUGAGAUGUAAUGUGGACGGAAUUGGCUUCUCAACAUCCUCCAUCGAAGGACGCAUAGCGGUCGACUUCUUCGACCCUUCCUCCACCUCUCAAGCGCGCAAAUACGCCUUCAAAUGUCAUCGGCUCCUCGUCGAUGGAAUAGACGUGGUAUACCCUGUCAACCAGAUGGGCUACCAUCCCGUGCAUGGCACCUUCUUCUCCCUGGGUGGGGACGCCGUCCUCUCUUACUGGGACCCGGUCAGCAAGAAGCGCAUCAGGCAGCUGCCCAGCUUCCCGAGCCCACUAAGUGCAGCAGCAUUCAGUGGGGAUGGCAAGGUACUGGUGGUCGCGAGUGGUGGCGUCAAUGUCGAAGAGAGGCCGAGCUUGCCUAAUGAGCACGGAGGGGAGGAGGCGAAUGGCGAAGUUGGCGGGAUUGGGAAGGGAGGGGAGGGAAACGUGGUACUUUGGGUCAGAGAAAACGCGGCUGCUGAGAGUAAGCCCAAGCCUCCGAAGGCGUAGGUGCGAGCAAAGCAAUGGUAUUCCGCAUGUACAACAAAGCUCGUGAACGUCUAGACGCCAAAUUCG